AUGGCUAAAAGUACUUGUGAUGGUGAAGUUUAUAUCCACAACUUGGCAACAUUUAUCAAAUCUCAUGAAAUUCAAUUGGCAAAUGCUCUUUUGGCAUAUAAGAAGCUGAAUUCGAAUUUAAAGGAAGUUGCGGAACAUCCGAAACAUUCACAGUCCAAGAUUGACAAUACCAUUGGUUCUACAAACUCUAAUUGCGAUUCCAAGACUAACUUCAUUAUUAAUACCUCCAGCUCACCAAAUUCAGCAGCUACGUCGGAUGUGAAUAAAGUUGCCAAUCAUGAUGUAAUCUCUGAUAAAAACACGAGUUUCUCGGCUAGCAGCCCUACAGACUACAACACCAAACCUGACGUAGAAGAAGAAUUGUCCAAAGAGUUAUCUAAACCGGUCAGAUUAUCCCUCUCCUUACACCAUCUAUAUUUUAUUUUGGGUAAAUUCAAAGAUUUAGGGAUCCAUAUUGGUCCAAUGAAUUUGAGAUUGGAUAGUAUGGAUGCAGACAAUACCUCAAAUUAUGUUUCGUUUUUAAGUGAAUUCCAAAGAAACAAAAAAAUCGAUUCUGAUGCACAAUCCAUCCACUCUAUUUCUUCUGUUAAGUCUGUUAUGUCUUCUGUAUCGGCAUUGUGGAAUAAUUUUGGGUCAUCCAAAGUCGAUAAUACUAUAUCAGAUUUGAAGUAUCUCUAUUCUGCAUUUUCAAAAUUACCAUGCUUAAGAUUGGCGAACGAGAAAAAUUUGAAGCUGAUAGAAGGUCAUGAAGAAUAUCCCUUUGAAACCGCAACACCGAUAAUUGUAUUUAAGAACAUAAUCGUAUUAGAGAUAGCAGAAUUGGAACCAAAGGAAGUCUACGGAUGGCACAUACUUGCCCAAAAACUAAGAUAUUUGGUUGUCAAGAAAACCACAAUCACCGAUCCCAUUGAAGUUCUAAUUAAUUUAGUUGAGGCAGAUUCUGUAGUGAAGGGGGAAGAUGAUGAUUUAAUUGAUUCCGAUGAUCCUAUGAAUAUAAUUGAUAAUCCAGAUGACAAUAAAAUCUUUAAAUUCCAAACAACCAACAGCGAAGGGAAUGAGCACCAUCAUUAUUCUAAUAACCAUAGCCAUAGUCAUCAUUAUCACAACGAUAAAUUAACAUUUAGAAGCUCCUUAUCUUCGACGAAUAUACCUUCGUCUCAUGCUACGAGUAGUCUUGGGAGUUCUUUUACAUCUUCAAAAACUUAUGUAUCUCCAUCACUGCCACAUGCACAAACAUUCCAUGUUAGUCAACCACAUGGUUACCAUACUCUAAGCCAUCAUCACAGCAACAAUAGCAAUAGCAGUAAUAGCAUCAAUGGCAAUACUAGUAACAAUAUAAAUGUUCAUUAUCAAUCAUAUCACCACUACAAUCACCAUAAUCAUUACUCUUUAGCAACUGAUACACUAGCUUCAUUAUCAACAUCUCCCAACAAUACAUACCACAACAGUAGAUUAUAUCCAGACGAUCCAUUUUCUUCAACUUCUCAAUCGAAGUUAUCGUCUUCUGUGCACUCCAGCAGAAGAUCAUACUAUUACAAACCGCAGAAAAAAUCCAGGUUUGUUAGGGGCUCGCACUCUGCUCAUCAUCAUAUUAGCACUUUACCUUCUUUACAUGAUUCAAAAUCAAAGGGUCAUUUAAGCAAAAGAUCUGAUGAAAGUACAGAUAUGGGUAAAGUUGAGAAGAAGAAAUCCAUCGAAGUGGAGGAGGCAGAAAAUAAUUAUUGGAAAUUGUUGAAACACUUAUCAUUUACAGAAAAUAAGAUUUACAAAAUCUCUUCAAAUUCUUUUGAUAGAUUGAGCAACUUAAGCUUGCUAGACCUCUCAUAUAAUAGACUAACUGUGAUACCAACUGAGGCGUUAUCUAAGCUAACGAACCUUAAAUCUCUUAACUUAUCAUUCAAUAGACUUAAAUCCGUCGAAAAAUUCCCUAAAACACUAAAGAAAUUAACCGCUCUGAACCUAAGAGGUAAUAACAUUUCCAAAUUGGAUUCUAUUGAAAAUCUAUCUAAUUUGCAGAAAGUUGAUUUACGACAGAAUUCAAUUGAAAAGGUUACGGAUUUGAAGCCAUUGUUAUUAUUGAAUGAAAAUAAAGUUUUGCUGCUCUCAUUGCAUUUGCUAGAGAACCCGAUCUCUAGAAGUAGAGGAUAUCGCGUGGAGCUAUUCAAUCUUUUUAACGGUGUCGAUUAUAAAAAUCUGAUCAAAAUUGAUGGUUCACGCCCUGGUAUUUUUGAAAGUAGGAUGUUACUAGACGAAAAAACCUCAAAAAUGAAAUUUAAAAAUUACAUUGACGAAAGCAUUAUAAGUAAAAUGACUGCAAGUGUUUCUUCAAUGAACCUAAAUAGCAUAUUGACUCAACAACCGACUACGAAACAGUUUAAUAAAUCAUACAAGAUUGGAGCAGAGAUAAAAGACUCGACAAAGAAAACUGAGCCUCAAGAGCUUAAUCACCCCGUUUUAGAUAGAAUGUCAACUUGCAUUACCACAAAAGAACCACGCAUAUUUUCUGGGCAUACCAAAAUAGUAUCCGCAUCGCCAACCGUUACUAGCUCCUUGAAUGAGCUAGUUGUUAAUAACAACUCGAUGUCAAAUAACCCCCAAGAUCAAAACAAAGCAUCAUCACAAUUACCGAAAAUGGUUGGGAAGGAAAAAGGUAAUGAUAGUAUUGAUACUUUUAUCAAUACGAACCCGGUGAACCCAAUGCCAAUUUCAUCCUCACCAUCUAUAAAGUCGAUUCGGAAUCCCGUGACUGUUAGUUUCCAAUCCUUAAAUAAUGAUGUACCAUUAAACAAUUCAAACAACAACACGGUGAUUCUGAAUGAUUUUGCAAUGCCAGCUAAUAGGUCCAUGCCUCCCUCUCAAAGAACCUCUAAUGAUUUCUCAACUACAAGCUCAAUAUUAACUAAUAAUACUAAUGCUGCAAAUAGUACUGAAAACCCAAUGUCGAGGUUUUCUUUAGCAUCUCCUGCUUUGCCUGUUAUAACGCAGGCGACAACCACGACUACAACCACUACGACGAUUGCGUCUUCUAAAACACCUGAUAAUAUUUUAGAUCAUACAACCAGAAGAGAUUAUUUUGUUGGAGAGAAAGGAAUCGAUAAAGAAAAUACUAGGCAUGAUACCAAAACUCUAGCUGACGACCUGACUUCUGAAGUUAAAAUUGUUCUGUAA